AUGAAGACAGGUUCAGUGUUUGUUCUAGUGGUUUUCGUCAUCGUGGCGAUGGAGAUGGCCUUCGCUCGGAUACCUAUUGUCAAAGGGCGACCAAGACCUGGAGCCUGCCCUGAGGUGCCCAGAGGAAUGGCUGGGACUUGUGCUGAACAAUGCUUUGGAGACGACUCAUGUCCCAAGGGAAUGAAAUGCUGCAGCAAUGGGUGUGGUCAUGUCUGCAAAGUUGCUGUCCCUAAAAAAAGCGGCUUUGGUGGCCAUGUUAAUGAUGGAUGGGGUGUUUAUUAAGCAUGCCUAGAGACCAGCUCCAGAAUAUUUCUCAUGAAUCCAUGAUGCUUGGCAUAACAAGACUUCCAUAAACCAUUCCUGGCUAUUAUCUAUCCCUGGACUUGCAGCCCUAGAAGAUGAAGAUCUAAAGUGGUGGAGUGACAACUUCUAAAUAGCUUGUAUCCAAAAUAAACCUUAUCUGUGACAUUA